AUGAGUUGCAUUAAUGUGAUUUGUCAAGUCCUGACUGAUUUCACUUCCAAGUUUAGAUUUUUAUUGAAGUAGUAGGUUAUGUUUCUUACUAAAAAAUGGUUAAUUCCAAUGAAUUACCAAAUAAACCAAUACUUUAUGAGUUAUUAGAAUAUUUUAUUCGAAAACAAGAACCAGAAUUAAUAAAAUGUAAAAAUGAUACUAUAAUAUUGCCUACAACAGGGACAAUAAAAAAUGCACUUAGAUAUCUUAAUAACAGAUAUUCUUUACCAGAAAGUAUAUCACAACAAAUUAGUCUUACUCUACCAUGGAAGUUUGCAAUUGGAGAUCAUGGACGUUUACUUGCUAUUUUACAAGAAAAUAUUAUAGAGAUUCGAAAAGCAAAAGAUGAAUAUUCUUCCAUUAUUGGAAAAGCUUCAGUACCAAAAGAUGCUUUUCCACAAUGGCGCAAAUUAGUAUGGAGUCCAGAUGGAUCACUUUUAGUAUUAGCAUCUAGCAAUGGUUAUUCUUUUUACAAUGCCUUGGGAAAUAAUAUUUUUAAUAUUAAUCCAAAGACUAUAUCUCAAAACCCAAAUAUUUUAGAAGCUGGGGAUUCAAUAGCUUCUAUGAUAUUUCUUAAGCCAAAGACAAAAUCUGAAAAAUAUUCUUAUGAAUUUCUAUUAAUCACAUAUAGUGGUUUGCUUAGAUCAUAUUACAUUUUAACAAUUAAUGAAUUUGAAGCAAAUUAUGAAUUUUCUUUUGGUACUUUUUAUAAGAAUGGAAUAAAUGCUGUAAUUUAUGAUGAAAAGCACAACUUAUUUUAUGUUGCUGGAAAUACAAUAACACAGAAAUUAAUGUCAACAGCUUCAGAUAGUGGAUUGACAUCAUGGCGACCUCUGAAUGAAUAUCCAUAUUGUAAAUUAUCAUUUAUUUUUGAUGAUGAAUCAAAAACUAAAUCACGAUUUUCUAUAUGGAAUAUCAUUCCUACAUUAAACUUACAACCAGAAUCAAUCAUAUUCAAAAUAAAAAUCUCACCAAAUAAUAAAUUUUUAACAUGUUUACAUACGGAUGGUUCAAUAUCUUUAUGGAGAUUACCAACUUUAUUUAUGCAAAAAAAAUGGAAAUUAUCAGAGCAACCAGAUUUCAAUAUACCUAAUCCCUUAGGACAUGCAAGAUCAAAAAAAUUUCCACCAGGUGUUACUGAAUUCCAUCCAAUAGAUAUUGGUUGGUGGUCUGAUGAGGCAAUUAUAAUUGCAAGAUGCUCAGGAUCUACUUCUGUAUGUUCUAUAAACAAUCUAAAGAAUCUUUUAGGCACAAGUCCUGAAUUUUUAGCUGGACAACCACAAAUAUAUGAACUUGAUUCAAAUCGAGGCUUUUUAUGCCUAGAUUGUGAAACAUACAUAACAAGUAAAAAACGAAGUAGAGAAUCUAAUACAGAUUGUCAAACAUUAGAAUUUCCUUCAGAAAGUGGAGAAGAAAAUGGAGAAGAUGAAUUGGAACCAAUUAGUAUAUUAAAUUAUACAACAAAUUUAAUUCAAAGUACCUUAUAUUCUAUUACUGAUAUUGAAAAAUUUCAGCCUAAGAAAAAAAAGUCAAAAGUAUUAUUUAGAACAUAUAGAAUUCUUGGACUUAAAAGUACAACACCUGAAGAACUUUAUUCAAGAAAAAUCGAUAUAGAGGAAUAUGAAGAAGCAUUGGCUUUGGCAAAUAUGUAUAAUUUAGAUACAGACUUGGUAUAUCAAACACAAUGGCGAAAAUCUGAAUUAUCAUUGAAUGCUAUUCAAAAACAUUUGAGUAAAGUUACAAAAAGAUCUUGGGUUUUACAUGAAUGCAUUACUCGAGUUCCAGAUACUAUCGAAGCAGCAAGAGAAUUGUUGAAUUUUGGAUUAAAAGGUGCUAAUUUGGAAACUUUGUUAGCAAUUGGAACUUGUGAUAAUGGAAAAUUUGUAAUAGAUAAUAUUGAUGAAGAUUGGAAUGAAAUGAAUGAAGCUAAUAUAAAUUUAAGACAGUUACAAAAAAUAAAUCAAAUACUUGAAAAAAUUGAUAUAAAAUAUUUAUCUGAAGCUCAAAAAGAUUUAAUUAAGUAUAGAAGAAAACUUCUAGAUCAUUUAGAUAAAUUACUCACAUAUGAAAUUAUUUUAAAUUCUUCUUUGAAGUAUGACAAACAUUUUUAUGAAGAAUUUCGGCAACUUUCAGCUAUUGAAAAUGCAAUUAAAUUUGCGAAAAAUGGAAAUUGUCGAGAAGUUGAAAUUAUGUUUAUAUAUUAUGGUGAAUAUAUACUACCUCAUUGGUUAGCAAUUAUUAAUUUCUUCCCAGAAACUUUAAAUCCAUUAAAAUAUAAAAAACUUUUACCAGAAUGUGAUGCUAAUGGACAAUUAUUUUUACUCGAUCGAUGUGAAUUACGACAAAAAGAUUGGGUUGAAAGAACUGAAUUCAAUGAAAUAAUUAAUUUAGAAAAUAAUGAUAAAUCACAAUUACUUUACGAUUAUGAUCCAUCAUUAAAUGUAUAUAGAAACACUUUACUUACACCAGAAUUACUACAAAAUUGGUACGAGUCACGAGCUUAUCAAAUUGAAAGAAAUAGUUGUAUGGUUGAUAAUGCUUUACAAUUAAUAAAGAUUGCUAAAUCACAUAAUAUUAACGGUUUAGACAAUUUAUUGCUAGAUUUGGAAACCUUAGAUGAUCUUAUUUAUAAAGUUUAUCUAGAAGAUUUGUCUUUAGAUCAAUUACAAAAAUUAUCUAAUUUAGAAAAAAUUAAAUUAUUAAUGAGUAUGACUACUGAAAAAACUUUUGUGAAUGAUAUAAAAAAUUUUUUAUUACCAUUUAUAAAAAGAAGACAUCAAUAUCUGGGUGGAAAAUUACAAAAGCAUUUAUUUAGUGAUUAUUUGAUAUCCACUAGCAAAGACAACUUAAAAUUAUCUGUCAAAUUUUUUGAAUAUUUAAAACAAUCUUGCGAUAAUGAAAUUCUUCAAAUGAUAGAGAAUAUUGUAACUUUAGCAUUAAAUUGCAUAUAUGCUUGCAAUGAUCCCAAUAUGUACGAAACAGCAAUAUGUAUUAUAGAUUCUAUCGCUAAAGAUCGUGAUGUAAGAAAGACAAAUACUAUGAACAUUUUAUUAGAAGAACUUGAGAAAGAACUUGAAUGUACUAAAAUCUUAAAUAAAUAUAGUGUUAAAAUUACAUUGAAUUCAUUACGAAAAAUUAAAGAUAAUCCUGAAGCUGCAAAACAACUUCUAAUUCAAAUGGCAAGAAGUUUAAAUACAAGAAUAUCAGCUUCAGAUGAGAAACAAUGGGCUCAACUAUUGAAUGAAAUGUUAGAAAUUCAUGGUCUAAUUUUUACAUGCAUUGAUACAGAAAUAUGUUUUGAAAUAUGUGUAUCAGCACGAUUGGUAUCAGGAGUUAAGUCUAAUAUACAAAAUUGUGCUAAUUUAAUUGAAACUAAGAAAAACGAACAAUCAUUAUUGAAAGUGUCUUAUGAAAAAACAGUGAAUUUAAUCUUAGAUGCUAGUAAAGAAUAUUUUAAUAGUUCUAAAUCUUUGAUUGAUUUUAAUAUGGAGUUAGCUAAAACUUGUCUUCAUCUAAUUGAAGAUGAUAAUGCACAAAUAAAAGAAGAAUAUGAUCUUAUUAAUUCACUUCAAAUAUUGAAUGAAUUCAAUAUCAAUAUAUUACCACUUCAAGUACGCUUAAUGCAAGAUAGAUUGCAAUUAAUAAAAGAUUGUUUAAAUAAACGGGAAGAUGCUCAUAGAAGUCGUCAAAGAUUAUUAACAUUAGCAAAUUACUUACGAAUAGAAAGAAAUAAUAGUAAAAUGCGAGAAGGAAAAGUCUUGGAAUUAAUUGCAAAAAAAGCACUUGAGGUAAAGGAUUUUAAUGUUUGCGCUGCUACUUGUCAACAAUUAAUACAAAAUAAUUACAUUUCUGCCUGGACCGUUGCUUUAGAAUUAGGAUUUUGUGAAGAUUAUGAAGAUCUAAAAACUCGACAAAAAUAUUUGUGGUUUGCAAUAAACAAUGGAUCAAACGAUAUAUUGAGCAAAGCACUAGAUCAGAUACAUUUAAUAGAAAUACAAAUGAUACAUAAAAAUUUAGAAUUGUGGUUACCUGCCGAUUCACCAUCCGAUGAUUUUAAUGAUGCAGAUAGUGAAGAAGAAUUCAUAGACGCAUUAACUACUCCUCAAGUAGAAACUAAAGAAUUUGUUCCUAAAGUUUUAGAAACUUCUACCGAAAUAGUGAAAACUUCUGCAAAUAUAAUGAAAGGCUCAACUUUUCAUUUAAUAAAAAUUAUAAGUGAUACAAAUUUUUGGAAAUCUAAAUUAAAAUUUAAUUCUUCUAAUAAUCAAGAUAAUGAUACAGAAAAUGAAAAUUACAUAAAUAAUGAUGUUCAAAGUUUUCCAUGUUUUUAUGAAGAUUUACAUAAAAAUUGUAAAAUCAGUAAUCUUGAUACAAAAUACACAAAUUAUUCUAUGCCGGAUAUACAAAUUACACAACUCAAAUGUUGUCGUGCUCUUUUAAGAAUUACUAUGUUAAAUGAGUCUUCUUGUUGUGGCUUAGAAGUGAGUGAUAUUAACCAUUUAUUUUUAGAAUGUGCAAAAUAUACUAUACAACAAGAUUGGUUACUAGGUAUGGCAUAUUUAUUUAGUGUACAAAAAAAUUAUAUAUCAGAAAUUCAUAAUAUUUUAACAGAAUUUCCACAAAUAGAAUUAUAUAUUCAAACUCUAAUGUAUUAUUAUUGUUUGGAAUUGUAUAAAACUUUAUAUAAAAAUUUUGAAAAUUUAUAUUUAUAUAGUCCAUUGAGUUUAAUGUGGAAAAUGAUGAGUGUAAUACACAAAUGCAGAGAAUCUGAUAUUUAUGAAUCAUUUAAAUAUUUACAAACAUGUUUCUUCAAAAGAUAUGGAAUAAAAAAGACAGCAUUUUUUGAAAUAAAUCAAGAAAUAGAAGAUACUAGCAAAAUUGAAGAGUAUAAAAAGAGAGAUGAAUUUAAUAUUACACUUACUCAAAAUUUAAAUCAAUCAAUUGAAAAAUUGAAAGAGAAAAAAAUUUCCACACAAAAUUUGCAAUAUGACAGAAAUAGAAUAACACAAAAUGUGUCUAAAUCUAAUGAUAAAAAUGAUAUAGAAUGGACUGAUAAUUGGGGAAAUUUUUCAGAUGAAGAUGUAGUAGAAAAUGUAGAAAAUGGAAAAAAUAACUUAAAUCAAAAAAAGUAUAUAGAAAAUAUUUCUCUUACAAAAGAUAUAGGAGAAUGUGUAACAGAAAAAGAACGCUUUGAAGCUUUUGAAAAAAUAUUUAAUAAAAUACGAAAUAUUGAUCAUUUUUAUGAAGUGAAAAAAUUGUUAUUGCAAUGGCCAAAAUUUGAAAAUUCUGAAUAUAUAAAAGUUGAUAAACAUCCAAUUUUAAAAAUGAUGAAAAUAGUUAAUAUUUAUAUCGUGGAAAAAGAAAAAAACAAACAUAAUAAACAAAUUUUCGAAGAAUAUAAGGAAUUAAUAAAAAUAUUAUCUUCAACAAAUGUACUCAAAGAAUUCUUGAACAUGGAAGAAAUUCCUCUUGAACAUGCAAUUUAUAUUAGAUUGGAUAUUGAUAAUUCAGAAUUUCAUGAAGAAGCAAUAAAUAUUCUUAAAGAAAAACACGAAGAAAUCACAUUGUCAGCACCAAUAUUAGAAAUGUUAUUCUUAAAAAAUUUGACAGCAAGUUUCGAUCCAAAUCACGAAAUAUUUAAUCGAAUCAUUGAACAUGUAUUUAUAAAUCGAUCUUUAACAAAUGUAAAGGAAAAUGCAGAAAUUCUUGUGCAAGAAUUAAAGAAAAAAAAUCAUAUUGCUUAUGCUUUGUGUAUAAUUAGAUUAAUGGAAGAUAUACCGCCAUCUUUAUGUACGUUUAGUACUUGUUUCGAACUUUUGAUGAGAAAAUAAUUAUUUAUUAUUAAUAUUAAAUUUGUAAUGCAUGUUAAAUAUUCAAAUUUAUGCAAGUUGUAAUGUAAUAUUUAUAUAUUUCAUUCACGAAAUGUAAAAAGAUUCUUUAAGAAAAAGCAAUUUAUAAUUAAACAAAGCUUUUAAAUUGCGUAUACAUUAGAUAGUUUGAAAUUAAUACUUUGAAUAAAUAUUUAAAUAUGUCUAUAUUUAUAUAUUAUAUAAAUAUUUGUUAUAAUAUAUUAUUAUAUAUGUGUAAAUAUAAAUAUGAUUGUAUAAUUAAAGUACAUUUUAAAAAAAAG